UCCCCCAGUGUGGCACUAGGAGGUGCUGUGCUUCUGGGCAUGGGGCUUAGCAGGGGGCGUUCUCGGGUACGCAAUGGCCCCAGUGACUCGGUGCAGGGUUUGUCUCACUCUGGUUUCCUUUCAGCUUCUCUAACUCCUCAUACUCUAGGACGAGACUCAUGGGAACCACGUUUGAUCCCCCACAGGGGUGGAACAAUUACUGGCCACAGCUUCCUUCCCAGCUGGCUGUGGCUGGAGGUGUAAACGGGGGCAGAAACUCAGCGCUGGGGGGAGCGUGAUGACGGCUGAGACACUGAGAACACAGAAGCCCAUUUGUGGUCACUUGAUCCAUCUUAAAAGCACGUCUCUCCCAGCAGAGACACAUCCCAGCCCUGGCUGCCGACAGGCCCCGGAUCCUAAAUAUACCUCAGCUUGGCUCCUGAGACAGGAGGGUUCAGAGGCCGACAACCCCUCCUGGGUGGGGGAACCCGUCACAUCAGCCAUGCCCAGAUUUGGUGCCUUCAUCCCCAUCCUCCUCUUCAUCUUCCCUGGGGCCUCCUCCCAUUGUCACACAGGCACGGCCAAUGAAUGCAAGACGCACACGGCCUUUGUGCCCGGACACAGCCUGGCUGGGGAGGGCAUUGAUGUGACCACAAUGGGCAGGAAGGGGGCCUACCUGGUUGACAGCAGCCUCUGGCAACACCAAGACGGCACCUGCACCCUGUGCCGGAACCGACUUCAAGGAGGGGAGCAGCAGAGGCUGCCACUGGCUGCAGUGGACUGGAGGGUCCACGUCUCGUGCCAACGGAAGCUGAGUAGCUCAGUGCAGCAAUCGGCAAUGGGCAUGAUGGAGUCUGCGGCAUCCAUGGUGAAGAACAACUGGAAGCUGGGGCUUGACGUGCCUGUGAAGCCCAAGAUUAAUGUCCAGGUGGCGCUGGCCGGAUCGCACUCCAACCUGGCCAAUUUCGUGGUAGAUCAUAUGCGGAUGGACAAACACAGCUUCGUGAGCCACGAGUUUUCCUGCGGCUAUUACAGGUUCCGGGUCAGCGAGAUGCCCCCCCUCACCAACCAUUUCGCUCUGGCGCUGGAGUACCUCCCCGACCAGUACGACAGCAAAUCCAAACUGGAGUACCAGCAGCUAAUCAGCAACUACGGCACCCACUACAUGUCCCAGCUGCAGCUGGGGGGCCGGGUACGGGAUGUGACAGCUGUGCGGGUCUGCGAAGCAACAAUGAACAGCUUGUCUGAUGACGAGAUCAAGGACUGCUUGAGCAUGGAGGCGGCUGUGAGUAUCGGAAUAGGCUCGGUCGAGGGUGGGUACAGCAAGUGCGAGGAGGAGAAGAAGAAGGGGAAGGUCAAGGGGAGCUUCCAUGAGACGUAUCGGGAGUGCCACGUGGAGGUGGAGGGAGGAGAGAGCACGACUGACGUGCUCUUCUCCGGGAGUGAUGCCACGGUCUUCUCAGCCUGGAUAGAGAGCCUCAAAGCCAACCCUGGCCUGGUGUCCUAUUCGCUGCACCCCAUCCACAUCCUGCUAGAGCAGGAUGAUCCCAAGCGGGAGGCACUGAGGCAGGCAGUCAGUGAGUACAUCCGUGAGAGGGCCCUGUGGAGGAAUUGCACCCAAAGCUGCCCCCCAGGGACUCAACGCAGCACCCAUGACCCCUGCUCCUGCGUCUGCCCUGGGGAUACCAUGACCAACACCAUGUGCUGCUCACGGGAGCGCGGCCUGGGGAAGUUGAUGGUGACAGUGAAGAAGGCCAGUGGCCUGUGGGGGGACCAAUCUACUGCUACGGAUGCCUUUGUCAAGGUCUUCUUUGAGAGAAGGGAGAUCCGGACCAACACCAUCUGGAACAACAACAGUCCUGUCUGGUACAUCCCCUUGGACUUCGGUACCGUCCACAUCACCAGCGCCAGCAAGAUCCGAGUCCAGGUCUGGGACGAGGACAACAAGUGGGACGAUGACCUGCUGGGAAGCUGCGACAUCCCGCUGGAGUCUGGGGGGUCCCACCAGAAAGACUGCUACCUGAACCACGGCCGCAUCUGGUUCCAGUACAGCCUGCGCUGUGGGCCCCACCUCGGGGGCCGGACCUGCUUUGACUAUGUCUGCCAGCCACCCCAGCAGAGCCCAGCCAAGGGGAAGGAGGUGAUGGCCUUCUGGUGAGCCCCUUAGAUAGGGGAUCGGAGAGGGGCAUGUGUGUGCAUUGAUCGUUAGUGCUCCCUGUCCCCCGGAGCAUUUCCUAGCUCCCGCUCUGCUGACACUACUGAGCUUCAUGCUGUCACCCCUGCUCGGGGAACGGUGUCUCCUAUGCCACAAGAGACGAUCUGCUCCUGUGGGCCCAUCAUCCUCACAGCUCCCUCUGGGAAAAUAUCCCAGAUCCAUCAGACCAGUGUGUCCAAUGAUUCCAGUCAUGCAAUUUAACUAAGCAAAAUAUAUAUCUAUGGCUCCAACCUAUCUGCCCCACCCCAUCAAACCACCCGUCAGCCAACCAACCCACAAAUUGUUUCAUUUAUGUUAUCCAACAUAGUCAGCCAGCUAACCACCAACCAAUGAAUGUAUCCAGUGCAUCCAAACAAACAAUAAAUGUUAUCUAGCAUAUCCAAUGUAAAAAGCCAGCCAACCAGCCAAUCAACCAAUGAAUGUGGUUAGGCUGUCCAAUGUAACCAGCAAACCAACAAAUUUAUUUAGCAUAUCCAGCCAACCUUCCAACCAAUUCAACCAAUGUAUCCAAUGUAUCCGUCCAACCAACCAAUCAGUGUAUGUAUCUAGUGCCUCUGGUGUAUACAAGAAACUAAUGCCUUAUGUACGUCCAACCAACAUGUGUAGCCAGUGCAAGCAACCAACCAAUGAAUGUCAAGUACACCCAGUCAACCAAUAUGUGCUGGCAAUGCAACUAAUCCCUCAGCCCAUGUAUCCAUCCACCCACUGUAAUUAUCUGUCUAGUGCAUCCAGCUGAAAAGAGAUCAUCAGAAGCAAAGCUAAGCCCCUGUCCUAUUGUGGCAUCAGGGAUUAACCCUCUGCAGAAACCCAAAGAUAUUCCAGGGAUGGACAUGGUUCUGAACACCUGGGGGAUGGGCUGGGCUCCUGGAGGGAGGAUUCACUAGGGGACUGUUCUCUAACUGUCAUUUAUCUUACUUUCCACUACUUCCCAGCAGCUUUGGGAUUAAUUAUCUCAUCCUGAAUGUGCAGGCACAACCCACCAUCCCUGCUCAGAUGAUCAGCAGUGAUGUGGAUAUACCACUUGCUUUUGGUAGGAAGUCAUGCCACAGGGCUGUUGAAUCCAGCUGUCAUCAGGCUCAGGGAGAGGGCAGUGCAUUGGGAUCACAUUGGGAAGGGCAAAUUCCCCCUAAUUCGGGGAUUAAAGCAUUUUACUGCUUCACCCCAUCUGCAUCUGUGAGAGCUUAGAUUAAUAGCUCCAUUGUGCAGUUAACUGGUGAAUGAUGGUUGUUAACUCUGAACCCUACUGACUGCAAGUUAAAUAUCUCCUGCCUGGAAAACUGCCAUGCAGCUUUGCAGCUCCACAGCAAAAUUAUUUGCUUCUGGGAGGAUUCCAGCUCUCUGAAUGUCUUACAAAGGUAUCUCCCUGCUUCAAUAAAUGUGUGUGAAAGCAAAUUUCUAAGC